GUCGAUCUCUGCAGUAGUAAAAGCGUAUCCGUUUACGUUCGAUAACUGGUGGAGCAUAACAAAGCCAUUUUCGCAACCCUCAACCUUGUCGAAAUCAACGAGAACUGUUUAACAUGAGACUGCUUACUUUCUCACUCUUACUCAUAUCGGGGGUGUCUGGUCUUGUGCAGGAUGUCCCGAGCAUCAAUGCUGCGAUCCCGUAUGUUCCUUGGACUGAGGGCAUGAAGCGGAAGCCAUCCGACUUCAACCAUCCGGGUCUCUGGCAUUCUCACAACGACCUCGAAGUCAUGAGAAACGGCGUUCUUAAAGGACUUGACCCAUGGAAGUCAGGCUACGAACAGUUUUCCAACAGCAGUUUUUCGCAGUCAUCCUACAAGAUGAACGGGCCAUAUGCUGUGAUUUCCCGAGGAUCCAUCAGCAACUACACCUCGUUUGCCAAUGACGCCCGUGCCGCUUACCAGAACGCGAUUAUGUGGUAUAUCACCAAGGAUCAAGCCCAUUGGGAUCGCUCUACUACCAUUUUGGAUAGCUGGGGUACAAAUCUGACCAACAUCAUUGGGACCGACCGCUCACUGCUCAUUGGCAUCGAAGGAACCCUAUUUGCGAAUGCUGCAGAGAUCAUGCGAUGGGAGGGCGGCUGGACAGAGGUCGGGGCAAAGUGGCAGGGAGGCCAAGGGUUCAGUAUCCAGCUCUAUUGGUUGUUUCUGCGACAGAGCCUGAUCAUUGGCCAGGCCAACUACGGCAUCGCCUCCAUCAAAGCUUUGAUGGACUAUGCAGUGUACCUCGAGGAUGUCUCGGCUUACAACUUUGCCAUAUGGUCUUGGAAGAAUGACUGGUGCGCCGGUAUCGAUGCAACCAUUAAUUCCAAGACAGGCCAGAACUCUGAAUCUGGCCGAGACCAGAGCCAUGUCAUGUCUGGUCUCGGUUGGCUUGCUCUAGCUGCGAGAACUUCCAAGACUCAAGGGUACGACUUAUUUGGGUAUGGGAACAACUUGCUUCUCAAAGGAGCAGAGUACGCAGCCAAAUACAACUUGAACGAAACAGUACCAUACGACUCGAAAUGGCGCCGAUGCGAAUCAGUUUUGGUCAAUGGUCCCUGGCAAAACAUCUCGGAGUUCAACAGAGGCAUUGUUCAAGAGAUUUCGGGUGUAGUUAAGAAAGCACCGGCAGUGUGGGAUCUCCUCUACUAUACGUCUGAAGCCAAGGGAUUGAACAAUCAGUGGACUACCAAGGCCAAGGAAGCAUACGAUGCUGCAGGCGGAGAGGUGGUGACUGGAGGUGAUAUGCCUGGCUUUGGAGAUCUGCUCUGGGCUACAACAAAGAAGUAG